AUGCAGGUAAAGGAUAUAUAUAAUGCUUCUAAUGAUGUUAAACUAUUAUGUGCGUCGGUUUUCUUCAGACUAAUGUCAUACGGUCUAACAAACCAAAUAUUGACCUUAUUUUUAAAGGAAAUCGGGGUUACAGAGAAAGAAAUCGGUUGGUUCAUCUCGUUGACACUCAUAGGUGAUGUGUUAAUAUCAUAUUUUUUGACAUGGUAUGCGGACCAUUUGGGUAGAAGACUGGUACUGAUCUAUGGAUCUAUGAUGAUGGUGUUGUCAGGAAUGGUGUUCAGUUACUUCGAGGAUACACGUAUUCUGCUGUUCUUCGCAAUAAUUGGUGUGUUGUCGCCUUCAAGUGAAGAGGUGGGACCUUUCAAAUCCAUUGAAGAGUCGAUGAUAGCACAUUUAACUCCACAUCACCAAAGACCUGAAAUUUUUGGUUUUCACUCAAUGAUAGGUACUUUGGGUAGCGCCUCUGGUGCUGUCUUUAGUGGAUUAUUCAUUCAUAGCUUACAAAUAUUUUACCCUAAUAUGAGUAAUCUAAUAUACUAUAAGACGAUGUUUCUAGUAUACACCUGUUUUGCUCUCAUAAAGCUAUUCAUUAUGCUGUCGCUAUCGGAAGAAGUUGAAUUUGAUUAUGGGCAAAAUAAGCCUAUCUCACCUACGACUGAGCCUGAAGACGAAACAUCAGCACUACUUCCGAGUAGCACUUCUCGUGGGCUUUCAUCCCAAACUGUCCAAACUAUAACAAAGCUGUUGAUCGUUUUUAUGACGGACUCACUGGGGUCCGGUUUCAUGUCAUCUGCCUGGGUUGUUUACUAUUAUGCAACUGCGUUCCAUAUGACUGCUUUAGGACUAGGAGUCUUGUUCUUCUGUACUAAGUUAAUUACAGCGGCCUCUAACAUACCAUCUGCUGCCAUUGCGAGAAACUUUGGCCCUGUAAGGGCAACAUUGCUGGUCCAAAUUCCAUCAGCGUUGUUUCUCAUGUUAAUUCCUUCCGCUUACAACCUGUUACCCUUGUCUAUUUUGUUCCUAACAUUAUUCAACUUUACCACAGAUAUGGACGUCAUACCAAGACAGCUACUAUUGACCACCAUUAUUGAUCCAAGGGAUCUAACAAAGGUUAUGGGCCUAGUAAAUAUUGGGAAAACUUUUGCGCGCUGUAUUGGCCCUGUUUUUACAGGUCUAUUCGCGGACAAAGGCCUUCUGUGGGUAUGCUUUGUUAUCAGUGGAUGUCUCGUUGUGUUAUCUGAUCUGACCUUGGCCGUACUUUAUUGCGGCAUAGACGAGCAGAUCCUCGCAAAAACUCAAAACAAUGAUUAG